GAAGAAAGGACCUUCUCUCUCCUAAGUUAUAGGGUUUACGAAGAACCUCGAUUUCAGUCUCUCUUCUUCCACAUCUCCGGCAAUAACCAAAAACUUUUGGAUCAAACCGCACCGUUUUCAAUCCAUCCUAAACUGCGGAACCACUCUUCCAUCUGUUGGGUUUUGCGCAGAUCGAGUUUCAGGUGUUUUGUCUUUGGUUGGUUGGUUGGUUGCAGCAUGGGUGAUUUUUCAAUCCAGAUUAGCACCAACCUUAUCAACCGACUCACUGAAGAUGAUGAGAAGUUGAAGAGAAGGACAAAGAAAACUAAAACCAGGGUGCCACAAGGGCCUAGACGGCCAGAAGCGAAGAUAGAUCAGAAGCAAAUAUCUGAUGAUUCUGAAAAACAGAAACGCACUACAGGCACAGGAUGGCCAGUUCCGCCUCCCUUAUUUCUGCCUGUAAACCAGCCUCCUUACCCUGCAAGUACAGAGUUAGAUGCAAUUCGAUCUGUUGUUAAAGAGAGUGAGAGUGUUGUAGAAAAGUUGAGGAAGCAGGAGGAGAACAUGGUACAGGAAGUGACACAAAAAGCUAAGGAUCUUCAUGAAAAGGAGUUCAAGCUUCCAGACCCUAAGCCUAUACCUUGUUUGGUUGAGAAUAAUGCUUGGAUGGCAUGCUACAAGCAGAAUGCUACUGAUCUUACUAAAUGUGCUCCUCUGGCACAAAAUUUUGCAGACUGUGCUCGCAGAGUUAGGCAGCUGGCAAAAUCAGCUGAUAAGUAGAUUUCCAUAGGGAUAAAUUUUCAAGUCAUACAAAGAGUGCAAGCCACUUGCCAGUUUGAGUGGAAACUUGAAUUUUGGCUUAUGCAAAUAAACAGCAGAAAAAAGAGAAAACUAAAUUGUUUAUCACCCUUAUUGGGUUACAUUUUGUGUCCUUUGGCCUUUGUCUUCUGAUUUUGUUAAAUCUUCUGCUUUUCUCUAAA